AUAAUCCAUACAAAUUUAAUUCGAAAAUGUCUGGUAAAGGAAAAGUUCAUGGUGGUAAAGGUAAAUCUUCUGAGAUUGCUAGAUCAUCCACAUCACAUUCUGCAAGAGCUGGGUUACAAUUCCCAGUGGGUAGAGUCAAGAGAUACUUGAAGAAGAAUGCUCAAAAUAAGAUUAGAGUAGGUUCAAAAGCUGCAAUUUACUUGACUGCCGUGUUGGAAUAUUUGACUGCAGAAGUAUUGGAAUUGGCCGGUAAUGCUGCUAAGGAUUUGAAAGUCAAGAGAAUUACUCCUAGACAUUUGCAAUUGGCCAUUAGAGGUGAUGAAGAAUUGGAUAAUUUGAUUAAAGCCACCAUUGCCUUUGGUGGGGUAUUACCACACAUCAAUAAGGCUUUGUUGUUAAAAGUAGAAAAGAAGAAGCAAAAGUAAGAGUGAAUGAAUUGAGUUCAACCUUUGAAAUGUUGAAUUUGCAAAGGGAUGUAUGAUUACUUUUAGUUUCUUCGACUCGUUAUGUCCUAGGUAUAUUUCCAGGAAUAAUUGUACUAUAUAAUUUGUUUUAGUUAAAUUUUAUUUUCAUUAGUGUAUUUUUGCUAUAUCUUUCUUUAUAUAAACAUCUAUUUACAGAAUCAGUUAUGUACAAGAAAUUGAUGCAAGUAUGUUACGCCGGCUUAGUCUCUGACUUUGACUCAAUUGUGCCCUCUGGUGUAUUCUUUUUGGUAUUGUCGAUUUUGAUGUACUUUGGCUUAUACCCAUCCGGAACGACGUAAUCAUCCAAUUUGAUAUUGAUAUCCCCAAGUUUCGUCUUGAUGUAUUCAAUUUCACUUUGUAAAACCGAUAUAUCAUCAGCCAAGGAUUCACGGGCCUCG